CUACAUCUCCCAUAACUCCUGUCGUUAUAUCAACUUGAACACACAUGGUUUGCAAAAUGGCUAUGUUCAUGGAUUUGAACGUCAACUUUACGAAAGAUAAGAAAACGCUGCAAAACAUAAUCGAAACCGCUGCUCAUCUUGGAUAUUCCACAGUAGCUAUAAAUUACACAUUAGAGAGUCAGCAGAAGAAACCGGAGAUACCAAAACCAACGAGCAUCUCAGAUCUUUUCACCAAGUUGCCUGUGGUGCAGGGGAGAUCCAGACCCAUCAGAGUAUUAAGCCGUCUAACAGUGGUGGCAACAGAUCCCAGCCAUUUUAGGCCAAACGCAGAAUACAAGGCAUUUGACUUGGUGGCCGUGUUCCCCAAGACUGAGAAGUUAUUCCAUGCUGCCUGUAUGACAUUCGAGGUUGACAUCAUUUGUGUGACCGUGACGGAAAAGCAGCCCUUCCAUUUCAAAAGGGCUCCUGUCAAUGGUGCGAUUGAUCGGGGAGUGUUCUUUGAGAUCGUCUACACACCAGCAAUCAGAGAUUCUACCAUGAGGAGGUACACCAUCGGAAACUCUCUGGGCCUCAUGGAGACGUGCAAAGGAAAAGGUGUCAUUUUGUCAAGUGGCGCAGAAAAGCCUCUGGAAUUGCGAGGACCAUAUGAUAUUGCCAAUUUAGGGCUUGUAUUCGGGUUGUCUGAAGGAGAUGCCAAAGCAGCUGUCUCUACAAACUGCCGUUCUGUGGUGUUAAAUGGAGAGACGAGAACAACUGCUUUCGGGAUCAUUCGCACCAUGAAGAAACCGCCACCUGCCCCCACGGCUUCAGAGGAGGACAAGAGCGAAGAGAGAGAGAACUCUGCUGCGAAGAGAGCCAAGAUGGAGCAUUAGUUACAAACCUCCCUCCUUCCAGUAAACACAUUUUUUUGUUUUUUCUUCCACAGUAUCAUUGUGAUAAUGAGCAUAAUGUCAAAUAUGUACAAUACGUUUAGCUGAGCAUAGAACACAUGUUCACUUAUGAAAUGAUCAUCUGGUUAGUUGUUUAAGUUAGAGUAUAGCCUUAAAGAUGGCCAGAGUGGACUUGGCAUUGAUGACUUUUUUGUUUUUUAUGGACUUGUAUUAAUUCUCUCAUUACACAUCAUCACAUAAUGACGAAGUGGUUUGUAUUUGUAAUAUUUAUUGAGGUUGUUUUGUAAAAUGGAAACGGAUCAGGUAGAACAGACCAUGAUUUUAUAUUUUUGUUCAGGUUACAUGAAACACAAGUCAAAAUUUACCAUUUAAAUCAAAUGUUGUACAAAGAAAUAUGCCACACAUUAUAUUUUAAGAGCAUCUCAUUUAAAAAACGUUUUUACGUGCACGACCUCUGUAAAUCCUGCUACACAAUCAAAAUGCCUCUCCAAAUGCUACUUAGGGAUAUGCUAAUAAAUUAAUUAAAAACUAAA